AGAAGAAAAUUGAAAAAGUGCCCAUAUUAUUCUCCUCUACAGAUUAUACGCAUUUUGACCAUUUCCCAUUCUUCCUCUCAGAGAAAGUUCCAGGUUUCUAAUUAUAUAGCAAGAUCAAUUUGAUCCUUCAUCGCUGAGAAUUGUAUAGAAGAAGGAUGUGGGCAGCUUCAUGCCUCGCAUCAUGCUGCGCGGCCUGCGCCUGCGACGCAUGCCGGACUGUUGUGUCGGGGAUCAGCCGGCGCUCGGCUCGUAUAGCGUAUUGUGGUCUUUUUGCGCUUUCGCUGGUUGUCGCCUGGAUGCUUCGCGAAGUUGCUGCACCCCUCAUGGAGAAGAUUCCCUGGAUCAAUCAUUUCCACCAAACACCAGAUAGGGAGUGGUUUGAAACAGAUGCAGUGUUACGAGUUAGCUUGGGAAACUUUCUCUUUUUCACGAUCCUUGCUAUAUUCAUGAUUGGCGUAAAGAACCAGAAGGAUCCUCGUGAUAGCAUUCACCAUGGAGGAUGGAUGAUGAAAAUUAUUUGCUGGUGCAUUUUGGUUAUACUGAUGUUCUUUGUUCCCAAUGGCAUCAUCAGCUUUUAUGAGGCAACAUCGAAGUUUGGCUCAGGAUUGUUCCUUCUCGUUCAAGUUGUGCUUCUCCUGGACUUUGUGCAUGGGUGGAAUGACAAAUGGGUUGGAUAUGAUGAGCAGUUUUGGUACAUGGCUCUGCUUGUCGUUUCACUUGUAUGCUAUGUGGCAACCUUUUCAUUCUCUGGACUUCUCUUCUACCUGUUUACCCCUUCAGGACAUGAUUGUGGACUUAACACAUUCUUCAUUGUCAUGACCUUGAUUUUCGUGUUCGUGUUUGCUGUUGUUACAUUGCAUCCAUCAGUAAGUGGAAGCAUUUUGCCUGCUUCAGUCAUAUCUUUGUACUGCAUGUACCUAUGCUAUAGUGGGCUUGCCAGUGAGCCUAGAGAUUAUGAAUGCAAUGGUCUUCACAAGCACUCUAAAGCAGUUUCGACGAGCAGUCUUGCUCUUGGGCUGCUUACAACUGUGCUUUCUGUUGUAUACUCUGCUGUACGUGCUGGAUCUUCUACAACUUUGCUUUCCCCUCCAAGCUCGCCGCGAGCAGGUUCUGGAAAACCUUUGCUUCCAUUGGACAAGGCAGAUGAGCACCAUGAGGAGGCAGAGAAAUCAAAGCCAGUUACAUAUUCGUAUUCCUUCUUCCACUUAAUCUUCUCUCUAGCUAGCAUGUAUUCUGCCAUGCUCCUUACAGGUUGGUCAACCUCAGUGGGAGAGAGCGGGAAAUUGGUGGAUGUAGGCUGGCCAUCGGUCUGGGUUCGUAUCAUAACCAGUUGGGCUACUGCUGCUUUGUUUAUCUGGUCUCUAGUUGCGCCAAUAAUCUUCCCUGACAGAGAAUUCUGAUAAUCCCAAGUGGUGCUUGUAUCACAUAAGUUUGUAGAUAUCAAUGUGUGCUACUAUUCUUGGAACUACGAAUGUGACGUGUAAGUUAGCCGAAUUCUUGUAUUUUGCUGGAAAAUUCCAGCACAAUGGCAUGUGUGACAUUUGCUUAUUCUAUGUUGCUUUUAAAUAAAUGUGAGGUGAUUUGCUGAAGUU